AUGAUGGGUUUUUCGGCCCGGCCAUUGUUCUUCCUCGUCGAGCUGGCUAUCUCGCUCGUUGUUCUUGUUCUUGGCCGGGGCAAUCUAGCUUGCUUGGCCCAAAUUUCGAGGGGAAAUUCGUAUGUGUCUGUGGUCGGUGACCCUGGUAUGAAGAGCCCAAAUGCGAGAUUUGGGUUGGAAGCUUGGAAUUUCUGUAAUGAAGUUGGUGUGGAGGCGCCCCAAAUGGGCAGCCCAAGAAUGGCAGAUUGUGCUGAUUUUCACUGCCCAGAUGAUAAAGAUCAUUCAAGCAGCUCAUGUGACGUGCACCAGAAAGUGAAGGAAUCAGACAACAGACUGAAAGCAGGUGAUGAAUUUCCCAUUGGCGGAUAUAAAUCCUAUACGGACCCUGAUAAGUAUGCAGUUGAAAAGGAACUAUAUCUGGGGUCGCUUUGUGAGGUUCCCGAUUCUGACAAACCUUGGUAUUUCUGGACGUUGAUGCUAAAAAAUGGAAAUUUCGACAAAAGAACCACACUUUGCCCCGAAAACGGGAAGAAAGUAGGCAAGAUAGUGACCAACCGAACCUUCCCUUGUUUUGGCGAGGGGUGUAUGAACCAACCCCUCGUGUACCACAACCAGUCGAGAGUCGUUUCGAAUGGCAAUAAAAGUAGCUCAUUGGUCGGAGGAUUUUACGGAACUUACGAUCUUGAUGCUGAUUUAAGUGAUUUAAGUGGUGGUGCUGGAAAUGACAAAUCUUUCUUUUCCGCCACAUGGCACAAGAAUUCGAGUACAAACAGUUGGAUUGUGUCGCAAAAAGUGAAAACCUCGUCUAAGUAUCCUUGGCUUAUGCUGUAUCUAAGGUCUGAUGCAUCUACAGGGUUUAACGGUGGGUACCAUUAUAACGGGCGUGGCAUUAUGAAAAAGCUGCUUGAGUCCCCGAACUUCAAGGUCAGACUAACUCUGGACAUCAAACAAGGCGGAGGGCAAAACAGUCAAUUCUACCUCCUCGACAUCGGGAGUUGCUGGAAAAACAAUGGGGACCCGUGCGACGGUGAUGUCAUAACCGAUGUCACCCGAUACAGCGAGAUGAUUAUCAACCCCUCCACUCCGAGCUGGUGCCGCCCGGACAACCUCGUCUCGUGCCCGCCUUACCACGUCAGCACAAAAGGGCAGAUCAUAUCAAGAAAUGACGCGUCUCGUUUUCCAUACAGUGCUUAUCACCUGUACUGUGCUCCCGGGAAUGCACAGUAUCUGGAAAAGCCGUUCGAUAUCUGCGACCCGUAUAGCAACCCGCAGGCCCAGGAGCUGGUCCAGAUCCUGCCCCAUUCCGAGUGGGCUGUGCAUGGGUACCCCAAGAAAAAGGGGGAAGGGUGGGUUGGUGACUCGAGGACCUGGGAGCUCGAUACGGGGGCCCUUUCGAGUCGGUUGUAUUUCUAUCAGGAUCCUGGAACAAAACCAGCAAGACGAAUAUGGUCAUCAAUUAAUGUCGGUACUGAAAUCUACGUGAGUCCAGCUGGGGCUACGGCCGAAUGGACUGUUAGUGACUUUGAUGUUUUAGUUCAUAAAGAUGGCGAAAACGGUCGCCUGAGGUAUAUGUAG